AUGGCUUAUCAGCAACCUGACGUGGAAGUCGAACACCAAGCAUGCUUUGGUGAUCGACCUUCUCGAGGAAGGGACCCACUUAAGAGCAACCACAGAGCCCUCGUCACAGAAGAGGCGAAUCAUAUUUUCCAUGCAGGCCUUACACCUCGCCGCAAAUGUGACAUAGAGGGUCAGCAGGAAAUGAAUACGUCUUUUCAAGCGCAUAUGCAACUGACCCUUCAAGAAGAAAUCGGGAAGAGCAUGAUGAUAUAUGGUGCCAGCAUAGCUCGAACAACUGAAGCAAGAGAUGUGUCUCACAGCUUAUGGGUUAAUUGUGCUCUGUUUUUAUUUUUUAUGGCUUCUGCUAAAGUUGAUAUGUUAUCUCAUGGUUCUAGUUCACCAGUUACUCAAUCACUUGAAAUUAUUAUUAAUGAACCAUCACGUUCUUUUGUUGGUACUCCUAGAGUGUUUACUUCAUUGAGUCCUGGUGGUACUAGAGAAUGGAUUCCUUCUUGUUACGAGGAGUUAAAACCUAUUGUCGGAAUGAAUUUUAAAGAUCCCGAGGAAGGUUUAUCAUUUUAUAAAGCUUAUGCUACUGCUUCAGGUUUCACUUCUAAAAAAAGUACUACUACAAGAAGGAAGAAGACUGGUGUAGUUGCGUUCCAGUAUGUUGUAUGCAAUAAAGAAGGUUUUAAGGCGUCUCGUAAGCCUGUUGUGGAAGCUAUUGAAGAUAAAUCAGACAAGGCUCGUUCUACACGAAGGCGAAUGCUUACUCGUAUUGGUUGUGGUGCUCAAAUGUGUAUGAAAAACAUUAAUGGAUCAUAUGUUGUUAACAUUGGUCCAGUGAAGUCCUUUAAAAUAAUGAAGGAGUUAACUGGAUCAUAUGACAAUGUUGGUGCAUCAAAGCAAGAUUUCAAAAAAUUUCAGAAAGAUUUGAAGGCAUUAAUUGAAGGAUCCGAUGCACAAAUGUUUAUCAACAAUUUUCAGAAUAAAAAGUUAUUAUGGAGUGCGUUCUUUUAUGAUUAUGAGUUAGAUGAAGAAGAUCAUCUCCGUAGAGCAUUUUGGGCAGAUCCUAUUUGUAGAAAGAAUUAUAUUCUUUUUGGAGAUAUGGUUUCAUUUGAUACUACAUUUAAAACAAAUAGGUACAAUAUGAUAUUUGGGCCAUUUACUGGAGUUGAUCACCAUAAAAAGUGUAUUACCUUUGCUGCUGCCCUUAAAUCUAAUGAGGAUAUAUUGUCUUUUGAGUGGUUUUUUAAAACAUUUGUGAAGGCAAUGGGAGGUAAUGAGCCUCUCUGUUUGAUUACUGAUGAAGAUCAUGCAAUGAAAGUUGUCUUUCCCAAAGUGUUUCGGUCUACAGAGCAUCGGUUUUGCAUGUGGCAUAUUAUGAAAAAGAUGCCUGAUAAAGUGUGCCGUGAUCUUUCACCAGAUUCUGACUUUCUACAAAAGAUUUGCAAAGCUGUUUGGAGUGUAGAGAUUGAACCGGCUGAGUUUGAAGAGAGAUGGGCUAAGGUUAUUAGUGAAUUUAAGUUGGAAAACCAUGACUGGUUGUUGCAAAUUUAUGAGAAGCAUGAAAUGUGGAUUCCGGCUUAUUUUAGGGAUUUAUUCUUGUGUGGUAUUAUGCGAACCACAUCAAGGUUAGAGAGUGAGAAUAACUUUUAUACUAAGUUCACUAAUCCACAUCUUACCCUUGUUGAGUUUUACAUGAGAUUCGAAAGUGCUUUGGAUGCUCAACGCCAUACUCAAGAUGAAAAUGAUAAUUCUUCUAAACAUAAACAUCCUGAAUGCAAAACACGUUCUGCCAUAGAGAAAUUUGCUUCUGAAGUUUACACGACAACUGUUUUUUAUGAGAUUACAGACGAGGUUGAAUCAGCUCUUUUCUCUUGUGGGCUUGAUGGUUUUAAGAAAGAAUUUGGAUUGGAUGUUUAUACUACUGGAGAAGGUUGUCGUGUCCGUAAGUUUGAUGUUCUUUUUAAUGUUUAA